GGAAGGACAAUACUCAAUACAUGGAAGGUCAGCUCAACUGGACCGGACCAAAAGCAAAGAAGUUUCCGGGAUGAACUGAAUGCUUCAAAGGUCAGCGGAGCAAGGGCGGGGGUUUGGGGACCAUGGUUUAAGGGGACUUCUAAGUCAAUUGGCAAAAUAAUUCCAUUAUGAAAACAUUCUGCAUCCCACUUUGAAAUGUGGCGUCUGGGUCUUAAAUGCUAACAAGCGGCCAUCUAAGAUGCAUCAAUUGGUCUCAACCCACCUGGAUCAAAGGAGAAUGAAGAACACCAAGGUCACACGAUAACUACGAGCCCAAGAGACAGAAAGGGCCACAUGAACCAGAGACCUACAUCAUCCUGAGACCAGAAGAACUAGUUGGUGCCCGGCCACAAUCGAUGACUGCCCUGAUAGGGAGCACAACAGAGAACCCCUGAGAGAGCAGGAGAUCAGUGGGAUGCAGACUCCAAAUUCUCACAAAAAGACCAUACUUAAUGGUCUGACUGAGACUAGAGGAAUCCCGGUGGUCAUGGUCUCCAGACCCUCUGUUGGCCCAGGGCAGGAACCAUUCCCGAAGACAACUCAUCAGACAUGAAAGGGACUGGACAGUGGGUAGGAGAGAGAUGCUGAUGAAGAGUGAGCUAUUUGUAUCAGGUGGACACUUGAGACUGUCUUGGCAUCUCCUGUCUGGAGGGGGGAUGGGAGGAUACAGAGAGCUGGAAGCUGGCAAAAUUGUCACGAAAGGAGAGACUGGAAGGGCUGACUCAUUAGGGGGAGAGCAAGUGGGAGUACGGAGUAAGGUGUAUAUAAACUUAUAUGUGACAGUAUGACUUGAUUUGUAAACGUUCACUUGAAGCUCAAUAAAAGUUAAUUAAAAAAAAAAAAGAAAGCUAUCUUUGAGACAAAAAAAAGAAAACAUUCCUAAUGAUAGUGAGAGUCAUUUCAUAAAAGGUUUAACUCACCAGGAAGACAUAACAAUUUUUAUCUGCAUGUGCCUAGUAACAUAGCUUCUAACUAUAUGACAGAAAAUGUCCAGAACAAAGGAAAAUUGUCAUAUUUACAAUCAUAAUGGAAGAUUUUAACACAUCUGUCCUGUUAAUUGAUAAAAUGAGCAGAAAAAAUCAGUAAGAUCACAGGAGACUUAAAAAUAACAAUUAAAAAUUUUGUCUUUAAAGAGAACACUGCAACGAAUAGCCUUCAUUUCAAGCACACCUGAAACAUUUACAUUAAUUGAUUACGUACUAGGUCAAAACCACUGGCCUUUCAGUUAGCAGCUAAGUGCUUUAACUACUGCACCACAAGUGGUCCUUAGGUCAAAAAGCAAGUAUCAACAAAUGUUAAAGAAUUGGAAUUAUACAGAGUAUAUAUUCUGACCAAAAAGCAAUUAAACAAGAAAUUUUUUUAAAGUAACUAAAUGAUCCUCAUAUGUUUGGAAAUUAAACAAUGCAUUUCUAAAUAACUCAUAAGUCAAAGAAGACAUCAGAAUAGAAAUUAGAAAAUAUUUUGGUAAUACAAAUAAAGUUUAUGUGGCUGUAGUUAAAGCAGUGUUGAGUAAAAAAAUUAUAGCGUUAAAUGAAGAUACUAGAAAAGAUGAAGAGCUGAAAGUUAAUGAGCUAAGCAUCAUCUCAAGAAGUUAGAAAAUGAGUAUCAUAAUAAACCCAAAGUAGAACAGGAAUUAUAAAGGGAGCAGAUAUUGAUGAAAUAGAAAACAAACACACAAUGAAGAUUACCAACAAAGUGAAAGGCUAGUUCUUUGUUGUUCAGUGAUCUCAGACAUUAUAAUUUUCUUCAGGGAUGGAGUGGAAAUAGCCCUCUCUCUUUAGUUCUCUCUUUUGAUUUCUUUUGCUCUGUCUUUCUCUCUGGAGGUCACAUUGCAUCAUGGUUCUAAAUGAUUCAAUUAAUAUUAUUUAAAUGACUGACUUUAGUCUAUGAACCAAAAAUAAACUGUUAAGCAGAAACAAACUUCAGGUGGGGUAAAUAUUUAUGUGUGUGUGUGAGGAAGAGAGUCUAAGUCAUUGUAGCAGGAUAAUGAAUGGGAUUUAGCCUCUUGUCCUGAAAUUAGUGACAAAGGGCCAAAACUGAGAUCAAAGAGGUUGUUAAGUUCCACAUAAUUGGGGUCAGACAUCCCCACCAGGGAUUAGUAAGAGAGAGUAAAACCAACCUUACUACAAUCAAACAUGAUUCUCUAGCCUAGGGGUCAACAAACCUUUUCAGUAAGGGGUCAAAUAGAAAAUUUUUGGACUUUGUGGAUAAUACGGUUUCUGUUGUAUCUGCCCAACUCUGCUGCUGUGGAGCAGAAGCAGUCACAGAUAGUAUGUGAGUGUAAUUGUGUUCCAAUAAAACUUUAUUUACAAAAAUAGGCAGUGGAGUUAAUUGGCUUAAUAACAUGUUUAGCACUUCUGUUCUACCUCCUAGUUCAUUUCUUAGUGCCUGGGGUCUUAAAAGCUUGCAAGCAGCCAUCUGAGACACAAUAAUUGAUCUCUAUUAACCUGUAGCAACAGAGGAAGGAGAAUCAGGAAUAAAAGAAGGAAAUGGAAUGUGUGGCUAAUUGCCUCCUUUGCCACGAGACCAGAACUGGAUGGUGCCUGGCUACCAUUACUGAAUAUUUUGAGAAGAAUUCUGAUGAAAAGGGGGAAAAUACAGAACAGAAUUUCAAAUUUUCAUGGUCUCCAGACUUUCUGGAGCCAUGGGGGCUGGAUGAACCCCUGAAACUAUUGCCCUGAGAUAAUCUUUAAACCUUAAACAAAAAAUAUCCCCUGAAGGCUUCUUAAAACCAAACAAUAGGAAUCAACUGGAUGACAACACGUUUUACAGUAAAGAAUGUUGGCCUUGAGCAUUAUGCUCUUUUAAAGUCUAUAUAGGAUCAAAGAGCCCUGGUGGCGUGGCGAUUAAGAGCUCGGCUACUAACCAAAAGUUCAGCAGUUCAAAUCCACCAGCCACUCCUUGGAAACCUUAUGGGGCAGUUCCACUCUGUCCUACAGGGUCCCUAUGAGCCAGAAUUGACUUGACGGCAAUGGGUUUGGUUUGAUUUUAUGUAGGAUCAAAGUGACGACAGCAACGCAAAAGAUUAGAAAGGAAGCUUAAGGGACAAGGAAUUUAUGUUAAUGUGAGGAGCAACUCAGAAAAGGAUGAGAAUGGUUGCACAAUUCAGAGAAUGUAAUCAGUGUCACUGAAUUGUACACGUAGAAACUGUUGAAUUGGUGUAUGCUUCGCUAUGUAUAGUCUCAACAACAAAAUAAAUAAAAUUAAAAACAAAAACAGGCUAUGUGGGCCUGAUUUGGUCCAUCUACCCCUGCUCUAAUCAUUUCCCUCUCCCCAGUAUAAGUCUAAGACCAAAGAGAGAGCAUCAUCAUAAAUGUGAAUUAUCAGCGUAUGGGAAUGUUGCCCCCAACCCUCCACACCAAAACCAAGUGAGUGGGCCAAGAGAAUCACUUGAAAAAAUGAGGGAGUGUGCACGAAGGGAAGAAAGGCAUCCCUAUGCUGGUUAGGUUUUUGUCCAGAGAGUGAACUAGUGACUUUGUGUUUCAUCGGGGUUAGCAGGGGAAAGAAGUGCAGACAGUUGGCAGGGCAGAGAGAGGUGGCAAAGCAGAGAGAAGAGCAGCAACCUGUGGGUGUGACAGAAACAUGUGAGAGUCCCCCGUCCCCAGGGGACACUAUGGAAGAAAACUAGACUUUAUUAGUUUUACCCAAAAGGGCUUGCAGCCUGGCCAGAAGAUAGCCCAGUCAGUUGCUGAGGAAGGCUGGAAGAAUUUGAGCAAGGGCCAGACCUCUGAGGUCACAGAACUUGGGAAGUUGAUAGGCUCUCCCAAGAAUACACACCAGGCCCCGAAGGAGUGCAGUUGGUGACCUGCCAUACAGUAGUCUCCACAGGCAGCAGUGUGAGAAAGUGAAGUAGCCACAGCCAACAAAGGGUUUCACGAGCAGCCAGACAAGUAAGAGACACUCACCUGUGUUUCCCUAGAAAAGAGAGGACAGGAAUAUCCCAGAGAGGGACACAUGCCCCCCACCCACCACCACACACUCAGAGGUGAGGGAAGGCAAGAAGGAGUCAAAGAACAUUUUAGCUUCCCUACACCCAGGAACAUGGUCAGGGAAAGGAUAGAGGAAAUCUUUAAAUUGAAAUGAAAUUGGAGAUUUAAAGAGAAUGUAUUUUAAUAACUAAAGGUGACUUGAGAGUUAUGGAACCUGUUCGAGGUGCUAAUAAGGAGUCUGCUAUGUGGAAGGAAAGAAAGAUUUAUAACAUCAGUUUGGGAGGCUGUGAUUGCUGUGAGGAAAAGAUUUAAUGUUUAUAUCCACUGGGUUGAGAGUGUUCAAAAAUCAAAUACCCACUUAUAGUAACACCUCACCAAUCCAGAGUCUAUUUAUUUAGCAUUUUUGGCUACACAUGCCAGAGUCAAGAAAUUGAACUCACUCACAUGGACACAUGUGUAACUAGCUACAUUAGCCAAAUGGUAAGAAGAAGGUGAUUAGAUUGUAGAAGAAAAAAAAACCUUCAAUAUUUAAAAUUCUAACAUGUGUAGUUGUAUGGUUUCUCAUUCCAUUGUAGGUAAUAUUAAAGAUGCCUAUGGGAUCAGAACCACCACUGGCUUUCAGCUUGUCGUCCUGUGGUGGCUUGCAUGAUGUUAUGAUGCUGGAAGCUAUGCCACGAGUAUUUCAAAUACCAGCAGGGUCACUCAUGGUGGACAGAUUUCAGCGGAGCUUCCAGACUAAGACAGACUGAGAAUUAAGGCCUGGUGAGCUACUUCUGAAAACUAGCCAAUGAAAACCCUAUAGAUCACAACAGAAUACUGUCCAAUAUACUGUUGGAAGCUGAGUACGCCUAGGCUGGAAGGCACUACACAAUAGUCUCAACAAUGGACUCAAGCAUUACCAACGAUGGUGAAGAAGGACUGGGCAAUGUUUUGUUCUGUUGUACGUGGGGUCACCAUGAAUUGGAGCCAACUCAACGACAACUAACAACAAAAAAUGGAAUCAGAAAGACUCUGGUUUGACUUCUGUCUCUCUCAUUUAGUAGUUGUGUGACCUGGACAUGGAGCCCUGGUGGCACCAGUGGUUAAGCAUUCAGCUGCUAACCAAAAGGUCAGGGGUUCAUAGGACUUAUUCUCUCAUAGCUAUUUGUCUCCUCAUUGUGAAAUGGAAGAUAAUAAUAAUUUGUCUCCUCAUUGUGAAAUGGGAGAUAAUAAUACCUCAUAGAGAGAUUGUGAGGAUUCGAUUUUAUAGUGUUUGUAAAGAUAACUCAAUGAAUUUGUUGUUGUUAUUGUCACUGUCAUCAUCAUUAUCAUAGAAGUAUCAGGAGACAGAAAGAGGAAAUAAAAGUGGCUACACAUGAAAAGAAAAAGCAGAGUGUACCUGAGAGCAGAACUUCUAAUAAUAUCAAAUAAUAUUCCUUAUGUGUUCUAGAGGGCCAUCAAGAAGCAGUUAAAUUAUUUUUAAUAUAGCUUACUAAAGAAGGCAGAGAAAAUACACUUCUUUUUAGAAAAACUAUUAAUAAUUAAGUUAUUUGUGAAGAAAUGUGCUUUGAUUAUCUAGAACAUUCACUAAUGGGUAAUAUACUCUCCAACAAUUCUGGAUAUGGGAGGAUAUAUGAGUCUACCUGAGAACACAAUAGUUUAAAAGUGUAUGAAUAAUAAAAAUUGUUACUAUAUAUGAGUGAUAUAUCAUAAUAUUAAAACUUAAUCCUCAGUCCUCCAAAAUCUACAGCAGCUUACAAGGAGACUCUGCCAUUUAAAGUUGUCAGGGACCCUUCAAAGCUAAAUGAAUGAGGGGAACGAGUCACUCCACGGAAUUAUUCAUUCAGAAAACUCUACUGAGUGUUCAAAUGUACCAGGUACUAUGCUGAGGACUUUAGAUAAAAACCCAUUAAGACUGGACCCUGUCUAAUGGAGCACUGUAACUUCUUUUGAAAGGACAGAAAUCUGGAAGGAUCCUCCCGCUUAAAUGGUUGAGAGUGAAAGCUAGAUGGGAAAUUGCUAGAAUAUACUCAGAUGGGUAUACUCAGGAAGUUAGCCAGAAAGGAGGAGCAGCUACAGAGAGAUAUGUAACUUGACACAAUUAUGACAGAUUAGCUGAUUCAACAAUAGAAACAGGCAACAGGAAUUAACCCUUUCCCCCAAAGAGCCAGCUAAGAUAGAAAGGAAGGGUGUGUAGCAUUGAGUGGCCUUGGUAACUUGGACUGUAUGAGGAUGUACUGACAAAAAAAAAAAAAAAAUCAGCAUAUACUCAGAGCAGGAAGUUAGAAGUAUUGCAAAAUGAUGCUCAACUAGGGAAUGGCCUGGAAUCAAAAUACAGGCAGACUGGAUCUGGGAAAGUGAGUGUGACUGAUAACGUGGCCAAAAUCUAGAUACUGCUAAAGAAGUGAAAUAUUUGGGGAAUUAAUUUUUUUUUUUUUAAAACCUUAAAGAAGGAUUCUGUACCUGUACUCCUACUCCAAGGCAUCAAAAACAAAAAUGAAGUUUUGGAGAUAUUAUCUUUGUAUCAUCACUACUCAAAUUAUAAUUAUCGUCACAGUAUUGUACAACAUUCAAGAACAUCAACCAAACAUCGGUCUAACGGAGUACAUACAUGGUAAAGGCCAAGCCCUUUCCUUAUCACAAGCCUGCAAUGCAGCCCUAGAUGAGAAGACAGUGGGUAUGUUGACAAAUGCAUUAUCUACAACAUUUGGAAUAGAUUAUUGCCCUUACUAUGGGACAGAAAACCACUAUAUCACAGCUCCUUUGUCUAUAGAAGAAGCCGCAUUCCCUUUGGCAUAUGUAAUGACCAUCGGUCAUGAUUUUGAUACAUUUGAACGACUCUUCCGAGCUAUUUACAUGCCUCAAAAUGUCUACUGUAUUCACCUAGAUAAAAAGGCCACAAAUGCAUUUAAACUUGCUGUGGAACACUUAACGGAGUGCUUCCCAAAUGCUUUUAUAGCCUCAGAAUCUGAGUAUAUCACUUAUGGGGGAAUAUCCAGACUCCGGGCUGAACUGAUCUGCAUGAGAGAUCUUCUAGCUUUAGAUGUGAACUGGAGAUACGUCAUUAACACACGUGAUAAUGAUUUCCCCCUAAAAACCAACAAGGAGAUAGUUCGGUAUUUGAAAACACUGAAGGGGAAAAACAUUACUCCUCGCCUAGAGUCCAUUCAGAAAUCUGCUGAAAGAAUCAAAUAUGUCCAUGUAGAGCAUAGAACCAGAACACACUCUUUAAUCCUAAGGAAACGUAAAAAGAAGAACCCACCUCCAAAUCAGCUUAAAAUCCACUUCGGUUCAGCUUAUGUUGCCCUAACAAAGCAAUUUGUUCAAUUUGCCCUUCUUAAUAAAAUAGCCAUUGAGUUACUUCAGUGGUCUCAAGAUACCUACUGUCCAGAUGAACAUUUCUGGACUACACUUAACAAUAUUCCAGGUGAGUGUGGCUUCUUAUCUUAUUUCUUUUUUCAGUGUUAAUUUUUAGUUUUUAAUCAAGGCAAUAUAUAAUUAUGGUUUUAAAAUCAAAUAUGAUUAAAAGGCUUGUCAUGAUGAACUGUGGCCCUGGGCCAUGUCUCUCCCCACAGGCAGUCCCAGUUACCAAAGGCAAGUAACAUCAUAUCUUUAACUGUUUCUCCUAUUGAUUACUUCCAUAUAAAUAAUAUACUGCCAUUUCUUAAUAUAUCAAAUUUGAACAUUAAAUAUCAAUAUCCUGUUACAAUGGUUGAGAAUUAGGUUUUCAUCCUCUACCCACAAACUGUCUUUUGCCCUUCUUUUUAAUACAAUAGUCAAUGUUUACAUUAUUAUAAUGACUGAGCUAUUUAUUGUUCACAGCUGAUGAGUACUGUAAUUACAUUUCCUUUAUGAGAAGCUUUUUGUUUUUCCUGAGGUUAAUGAUUGCUUUCAGUUUUUUUUAAGUUACUUACUUUUAUAUGUACCUAUGACCAAUUUUUUCAAAAUGCUUGAACUAAUCUAUCAAAUUAUUAUUUUUCAAGUGUGCAACUCUUUACCAGCUCUUUUCCUUUCCAAUCUAAACAUUUUCCCACUAUACCUGUUAUAAAGUUAUUCUGGAAGUUCUUUUCCCCUCUCCUAUGAUGAAUCCUAUGUUCCAUAGAAUCUAUGUUUUUAUCUUUUAAAUAUACAUCUUGAAUUUUUUAAGAAUGAAAUAAUAUAAUUUCACACAUUCACUUCAAAAUAAUCUGAGAGUAGGUGAGGAAGUGAAUCACGAUUGGUUCUCCACAUAUAAUUGCUGACACUUGUUAAGUAUGUGAGGGUUAAUUAUUGCUCUAUUACUUUUGUGUGUUUGAAAUUUCCUAUAAUAAAUUUAUUUUUAAACUUUAAUCCCAGGUAUUUUACUUUCUUUUCAGUUAUUUUAAAUAAGAUUUUACCCUCGGUUAUAUUUUUCUGUUUACUUUGCUUAUGAAAUCUAUUCAUUUUUGUCUAUUAUUUUUGAACUCAGCCAUGUUACUAAAUUCGUAUUCAUUUUAACCAUUUUUGAGUUGCUCUUCUUGGACUUUCCAUGUAUGCAAUCAUAUAAUCUGCAAAUAACAAAUUAACCUAAUUCUCAAUUAUAAUGCUGAUUUAUGUUAUCUAAUUUCUUAGCAACUACCUGAUAAUAGUUAUUCAUACCCUGUUUCUGACUUCUAACAAGAAAUGUUCUAAGUAUUCCUUUGGUGAUUGCAUACUUGUUUGUUAGUCAUGGGGGAAAAGGGGGUAGCCUUUAGCAUCCUUCUCUAUUUUUCCCACAGUAAUAUCUAUUUAGACUUUUUAUCCCUUCUGAAGUCAUUUUUGAUAAAUUAUAUUUUCCUAGAAAAUUAUCAAUUCCAUCAAGAUUUUAAAAUUCAUUUGCUAAGAGUUGAGCAAAAUUGUUUAAGUCUUUGAGAUUCCCUAUGUAUCCAUGGUUAUCUCCUACUUACCAAUUUUGUGUAUCUACUCUUUUCCUUUUUCUAAUUAACUCAGCUAAUUAAAUUUGUUUGUUGUAUUCCAAAGAACCAGUUCCUGAAUUUACUUAUUGGUUCUGUCAUUUUUCUUUUUUCUAAUUCAUUAAUUUCAAGUUAUUAUUAUUCUUUAACUUUUCUUUUAUGACGU